AUGAUUGAUGCAGUACCGAUGUACUAUAAAGACAUUGAGGUCGGUACUAAGCAUCAGUAUCUUAGAUAUAAAAAACCAGGCGAUAAGUACGGAAAAUAUUAUGUUAAAUGCAAUGAACUAGUAAAGCGUCCUGACCGAACUAUAUGCCACUGUGCAAUGGAAGAAAUGCGUGAGGAUCAUUUCAAAAAAUGGAUCCAAAACAAACGGCACAUAUGCACACCAGGAGAAGUAGCAUCACAACAAACAAUCGAUCAAUACUAUCAAAACGUCCCAGCAACAGGGCUUACACCUAUAUCGUUAGGGGAUAUCUAUGAACAGCUUGCUACAUUUACUGGAAGAUUUAACUUGGCUCUGAAUACCUUCUCAAGCCCAGAGUUUACAAAGCUAGUUAAAACCAUUAUAAUGUAUACUGCAGACUCGAUGAUAUUGAAGUUCCCACAGUUACACAAUGUUAACAUCAAUGUUGAUAAACUAGCUUCUCAAAUAUACCAGCCUAUUUCAACUGACAAACUAAGGCAAACAAUGAUACAAAUUGCAAAUUCAAUCCAUGUUGCAAAAGUUGAUGAGUUUGCUAAGCUUGCCUGUACCUGUGUUGCCAUUGAUGAGGGGAAGACUCAGCAGUUUCACAAUCUGGACUUCUCCCUCACAAAUCCUCUGCAAAGCAAGCGGCCCUAUCCUGUUGAGUCAAUCCAAAUGAAUGGUGGAACAUCUGAAGAUUAUAUCCACUCGCUUACUCAAGGAUUUAACAGAAUCUUCAUUAGAGAUGUUAAGAUCAGCAGUGUAGUUUGCGAUGGCAAUAAAGCGCAAUUGAAAUGUUUUCAGAAAGGAUGGAAUCAAUCGUUCUACAACUCAAAUGACCCAAGGUUAUUCAAAAUCUUGUUUAUCCCGUGUUUAUGCCACAGGAUUCAUAAUUGUUAUCAAUAUAUGA